AUGUCUAAUGUAAAAUAUUGUUUCUUGUGUCAUAAAAUACAAGAGCCAAACCAAAUAGAUCCAAUAUCACAUACAUGUCUCAAAAAAUGUAACUUGUGUAAAUCUUUAAAUGAUUGUCCAUCACAUCACUAUAGAGACUUUCAUAGAGAAGAAAGAAAAUCUUAUAAAAUAAAAAUAAGUGAUGUUGGUGAUGAAAAUAUAGAGAGUGAAAGCAAAGAAGAACCAAUUCAAAAACCAUUAAAAAAAAUUAAAAAAACAGAUAAUAAAACCAAUUACAAAAUGCCUGAUUCCAAUUUUCAAGAAAGAAGAAUUGUCAUACACAAAAAUAAUCUUAUUAGUAUCCUUCCCAUGCCAAAGACUCCAACCAAAAUAGUAAAAGGACCAUCUAAAAUUCUGGCCGAAUGUAAGAAACAGCUAGCUCAUCACAAAAAGUGUGUUGAUUUUUUCGAGGAAAGAGCGAAAAUUUUUUCCCAAUUAGCCGAGAUUGAAGGUUCUGAAAAUAUAUACUUUACCACUUGCAACGCAGUUUAUCAAAAUGAUGAUCAGGAAUUAUAG